GGCUUCUGCCCUCAAUCAAAAUGGCGCUAGCUCGGAAGCUGCCGAGACUCUAGGAGUUGCCGAAGCACGUCCGGAAGCUACCGAGCAAGUCCGGAAGUUGCCGAAAGAGAGCAGCGGGGAAGAAGGAUGGCGGAUAUCAUCGCAAGACUCCGCGAGGAUGAUAUCCAAAAGCGUGUGAUACAAGAGGGUCGAGGAGAGCUUCCUGGCUUUCAGGAUGGAACCAAGGCCACAUUCCACUACCGGACACUGUGCAGUGAUGAUGAGGGCACUGUGUUGGAUGACAGCCGGACACGUGGCAAACCCAUGGAGCUCAUCAUUGGCAAGAAGUUCAAGCUGCCUGUGUGGGAGACCAUCGUGUGCACCAUGCGUGAAGGGGAGAUUGCCCAGUUCCUCUGUGACACUAAGCAUGUGGUCCUGUAUCCACUGGUGGCCAAGAGUCUCCGCAACAUUGCUGCAGGCAAGGACCCACUGGAGGGCCAGCGGCACUGCUGUGGCAUUGCCCAGAUGCAUGAGCACAGCUCUCUGGGCCAUGCCGACCUAGAUGCCCUGCAGCAGAACCCUCAGCCUCUCAUCUUCCACAUUGAGAUGCUUAAGGUGGAGAGCCCUGGCACAUACCAGCAGGACCCGUGGGCAAUGACAGACGAGGAGAAGGCUAAGGCAGUGCCACUCAUCCACCAGGAGGGCAACCGGCUGUACCGGGAGGGGUAUGUGAAGGAAGCCGCUGCCAAGUACUAUGAUGCCAUCGCUUGCCUCAAGAACCUGCAGAUGAAGGAGCAGCCUGGGUCCCCGGACUGGAUCCAGCUAGACCAGCAGAUCACUCCGCUGCUGCUCAACUACUGUCAGUGCAAGCUGGUGGCCGAGGAGUACUAUGAGGUGCUGGACCACUGCUCCUCCAUCCUCAACAAGUAUGACGACAACAUCAAGGCCUACUUCAAGAGGGGCAAGGCCCAUGCAGCUGUGUGGAAUGCCCAGGAGGCCCAAGCUGACUUUGCCAAGGUGCUGGAGCUGGACCCGGCCCUGGCACCUGUUGUGAGCCGAGAGCUGCGAGCCCUAGAGGCACGGAUUCGGCAGAAGGACGAGGAGGACAAGGCCCGCUUUCGGGGCAUCUUCUCCCACUGACAGGACCACUGGGCUCUGCCUUACCCUGCCAAGUUUCGUGUGCUGCUGCCAGCCCACCCACCUCUGCCCCUUCGUGCUUCUCUGUAUAUAAAGGCCUUAUUUAUCUC